AUGUCGAAGGUCCUCUUCCCGCUGCUCCUCCUCGCGGCCUGCGCCUCUGCGGAUACGACGAACUGGGGCCUCGGGACGAUGAUCUGCGAGACCGACGAGAAGAUGAAGGACGGCGCCGGCGGCACGGGCCCCGGCUCGGCCAACCCGCCGAGCGGCGGCCCCGGCACGGGCUCGGGCAACGGCCCGCCGCCCGGGUCGUCCGGGUCGUCCGGGUCGUCCGGGAGCGCCGGGGCGGGCCGGCGCCUCGGCAAGGUCGACGACUGCUGGGGCACGUGCGAGGCGUGGCUCGCGGCCGACGAGGCGCUCGCGGGCGAGGCGCUCGUCGCCGCGCGCUACGAGCCGUCGAGCGAGUCCUGCUUCUGCUCCACGGCCUGCGCCUGCACCAAGGACGGCACGGCCUCCGUCGUUAUGACCGUCGACGCCUUCGAGUCGCUCCCGCCGCCGUGCGCCGCCGGCGCGCCCCCGGAAGACGAGGGCGAGCGGCCGACGCCCGCGCCGACGGCGCCCGGCGACCGCGCGCCCUACGCGCCGACGGCGGCGCCGACGACCGCCCGCCCGACGACCGCCCCGACGACGCGCGCGCCGACCACCGCGCCGACGCGCGCGCCGUCGUCCGCCGCGCCGUCCGCCGCGCCGUCGCGCCCGCCGACGGCCGCGCCCGCGGCCCCGCUCCUCGACGCCGACGACGACGGCCCGGACGGCGCGUCCGUCGCGUCCAUCGCCGUCGCGUCGGCCGCGGCCGUCGCCGCG